GAAUUCAUGCGCCAACGAUGCGAUUCAUGAUGCGCCAGUCCAGAUGAUCAGUCUUUUCCCAGCUCGGUCCUUGUUAUCCCGUCUCUUUUCCAGGAUGUUUCUAGGAUGUUUCGGGAAGAAGCACGUCCCAUUGUCACGUUGCGGUUAUAGCGCCGGCUUCUAGAAGCGAGGCCCAGCCUACGGGAGUUUUCCCGCGUCUAGGACAAUAUAACUUGGGGUACUUAAUUUGUUUCAUGCGACUUCAUUUCUCCACGCCACGUGGGAGGCGGAAAAAUCUCAAUGCUAGCCGCGUUUUCCAUUCAUCCAUAGGGGAAGCGAAGAUGAGCUUAAUUGAUAUAGAGUCGAGUGCGGCCCUGUUGUUGGACAUAUUACACUUCAACCUUCACUUCUCCCCUUAUUUGAUCGACUAAGAGCCAGGACGUUCAAGUCAUCAAGAUGCUAUCCCCUUCUUCCGUUCUGUCAUUGCUGGCACUUGCUGCUACAGCGCUGAGCGCUCCUAGUGGACAUGUUGAGAAGCGUGCACCAACCCUCUACCUCGCUGGAGACUCGACUAUGGCGAGGGGCAACGGCGUUCUUACAGGAUGGGGCGUGUAUCUUCCAUUCUCGCUCUCCAUCCCCGUAGUCAACAAGGCCAUUGGCGGCCGCAGUUCGCGCUCCUACACCGUUGAAGGACGCUUCGACGAGAUCAUCAAGCUUGUCAAAGCCAACGACAUCGUCAUCAUCGAGUUCGGCCACAACGACGGCGGCUCGCUCAGCAAGGACAACGGACGUUCCGUCUGCCCUGGUACCGGAGCCGAGAUCUGCAAGUCGACAUACAAUGGCCAAGCAGUCAACGUCCGCACGUACCCGUACUAUCUCACCGAAGCCGGCAAGGCCAUCAUCGCAAAGGGCGCCAAGGUCAUUAUCAGCAGCCAAACGCCCAACAACCCGUGGGAGAGCGGCAGCUUCGUCUACGGCGGAGGUCGCUUCGUUACGUAUGCGAAGGAUGUGGCCAAGGCACUUGGUGCUAACGCCUUUUACGUUGACCACGGUGCUUACACCGCAGCCAUCUUCAAGUCUCUCGGCAAGGCGAAGACCGAUGCGCUUUUCAUCUCGGGCGACCAUACGCAUACUAACGCAGCUGGAGCCGACGUUGUCGCCAAGGCGUACGUAAAGGGUCUGCAGUGUGCUGGAGGCAGCUUCUUGAAGGGCUCUGUCAAGAACGCCACGGCAACUAUUCCGGGAGCUUGCAUUUAAGCUUGCAAACCUCAAGAGAGAUCUCACACUGGUUGGCCUACUGUUAAUGCCGCAGUGAGCUGGGAUCAGGAAUAGGCGG